AGUCGAACGAGGUGCACGUGUCGAGAAAGAGGGUGGCGUGAGCUGCUCGAACUAGGUGAAGUCAGACUGCUGCUGUACUGAUCAUUGGCGGGAAGUCCGACAGAGCACAACACUGAAUUAAAGAUGGACUACGAGUCAGAGGGUCUUCUUCAUGAGAUGUUUAGGCGUCAGGCAGCUGCUUCACCUGACAAAGUAGCGGUCAUCGCUGAAGAUGGACAUCAGUUGACCUUUAGGGAGCUUGACCAGCAGACAGAUGUCUUAGCCAAAGCUCUGAACCUCAAGGGCGUUGUACCGGGCACUUCUGUCUGUAUCUACAUGGAGAAGUGUAUCGCCUACACCAUCUCUUACAUCGCCAUAUUAAAAGCUGGAGGUGCCUACCUGCCAAUAGAUAUCUCCUACCCAAAGACGCUUAUACAGUCUAUAUUCUCGGAUGCUGAACCCAAGGCCAUUCUCACCAAAGAUGAAUUUACACAAAAUCUGGAUGGAGUGGACAAUGUAAUAGUUUUAAGGGAGGGCUGGUUAGAAGAGUUGGAGAAGACAACUAAGGAUCAAGAUGCCCCUGCCAAGGUUCCACCAACACUAGACGAUCUAGCUUACAUUGUCUACUCUUCAGGGACUACAGGAAAGCCCAAAGGUAUUAUGUGUCCUCACAGAGGAGCUGUAUUCUCCUACCACUGGAGACAUGUGAAAUAUCCAUAUCAGGAGAAUGACAGAGAGGCAGUCAAUGUUUUCUUCAUUUGGGAAAUGAUGCGUCCAUUACUGAAAGGUAUCCCUUUGUACAUCAUACCUGACACAAUCAUCUAUGAUCCUCCACUCUUGUGUAAGUUUGUGAAGGACAACAAAAUCACCAGGAUGCUGUUCACCCCAUCACUGCUCGAGGCUGUUCUCAAUACAGAAAACAUUGAUGUAGAUACGCUGAAAUCGUUGAGACAAAUUGUAUUUUGUGGAGAAGUGGUGACCACUUCGCUGUUUCAACGUUGUUUGAAACUGUUGCCAUGGAUACAAUUCAUUAAUCUGUACAGUAUAUCAGAGUGCCAUGAUGUGGCAGAUGAAAACCUGAAUGAAUAUUACAAAAAGAACAAGGAGGAGCUAACAAAGAGGAAGUUUUGUCCUGUAGGAAAGCUGUUGCCUGGGGUGACAGUGUUGAUCAUGAACUCUGACUUAGAACCACAACCCGUGGGUGUUUCAGGAGAGAUUGCAGUGGGAGGCCCCACACUAUCACUAGGUUACCUGGAGAGACCUAUCCUUAAUAAGGCCCGGUUUGUGGACUGCCCGGCGUCCCACCAAGACCAGUGCUCCACUAAGCUGUACUGCACAGGGGACUGGGGGUACUGUCUCUCUGACAAACGCCUGGAAAUCUGUGGAAGAUGUGACACCAUGGUCAAAAUCCGAGGCUAUUCUAUUGAAGUUCAGGCAGUUGAGUCUGCACUUAUGGAGUUGGCAGCAGUGAAUGCCUGUGUUGUUGUUGUCAAAGGGGAGGAAGGGGAUGACAAGUUCUUGGUGGCCUACAUCGUCCCUGAAGGUGAGACGACAAAGAAGGACAUACGGGCAUCGCUCAAACAGAAACUUCCCUUCUACAUGAUCCCGUCUUACUUUGUCUUCUUGAACAGAAUUCCUAUUCUAGCAGCGUCUGGAAAGCUGGAUAAGAAGGCACUACCCGCGUUUGAUAAGCUACAUGAGACAUCAGUGGAUGCAGAGGGCAUGCCUACCACGACCAUGGAGAAGGAGAUUGUCGGGGUGUGGGCGGAGGUGCUGCAGCUGAAGACUGUGGACGUACAGGAAAGCUUCUUUGAUAUGGGAGGCCACUCCCUGUUAGCGACAGUGUUGCUGGGUAAACUCCAGGCUAAGGUGGGUGUAGACUUGACGGUGAAGGACCUGUUUCUCUACCCAACAGUGUCCAGCAUGGCCAGACUGAUUGAGCACCGGAGGUCAGAGGUCGGUGAGCUGGAAGCCUUACCUCAGCUCGACCUGGUCAAAGAGGUGGAGAGACAUGACCAGGGAAAAGUCAACAUUGAUAUGCAGCUGCGAGCCUUCUGGAGAUCAUUCCACUACGGUGACAGGUGGAAAAAGGGGAGAGUACUCCUGACAGGUGGCACAGGCUUUCUGGGCGCUUUUCUGAUCCGAGAAUUGCUUCAGCAGACAAAGACCCACAUAUACUGCGUUGUUCGUAAAUUGCCUGACAUUAGUGUCAAGGAGAGACUGUUAGAAACUUUAAAGAAGUAUGGAAUUUUGUGUCCCAGUGGUAGAGAGCCAACAAAGGAACAGGAGGAAUUGGCAGAGAAAUUUCACAAAGCUGUCACAGUCAUUAAAGGUGAUGUCACCUUGGUGAACCUGGGAAUGGAUGAGGCAGAUUUCACUUACCUGUGUUCAGAGAUUGACUUUGUUAUCCACGCUGCAGCUUCAGUCAACCUUAUCUACCCAUACAGUGCCUUGCAAGCUGCUAAUGUACGAGGCACUGAGAAUACAGUUCUGUUUGCUUGUACUGGUAAAAUCAAGCCUAUACACUAUAUUAGUACAGAUGCUGUGUUUCCACAUGGGAUGACGGGGUGCUCCGAAAAGUUUGAUAUCUCUCAGCUACACUCUAAGCUAGAGGAUGGCUACGCCCAGUCAAAAUGGGUGGCUGAACAGUUGGUGACGUGCAGGACAAAGGGAAUCCCUGUAGUUAUAUACAGACUGGGUAACAUGUCUGGUGACAGCCAGACUGCCUACUGGAACCCUCAGGACUUUACCUUGCUUAUCCUUCGCGCCUGUGCUUGCUUAGGCCUCGCUCCAGAACUUACAUGGAAUGUGGAGAUGACACCUGUCGACUUUGCUGCUUCGGCCAUUGUCAAGCUGACACAGAACUUACAGCUGGCCAUUGGCAAGGUCUUCCACAUAAUCAAUACUAAGCCACUCAAUUCUAGGUGGUUGUUUGAAUGGAUGAACAGCCAUGGUUACCCGCAAACAUUCGCCAAAUACCCUGAAUGGUGCAAGACUGUAGAAGAUGAUGUGACAGAAGGUGAUAAUGGACUGUUGAAGCGACUUCUGGAUUCCACAUUAAGAGAUGAGAGUUACUUUUCCCGCUUGAGCACCUACGAGAACACAGAGUUUAGGCAGGCGUUAGACCAGCUGGGCAUGAAGUACCCAGCCCUGGACUCUAAACAGCUCAAGCAGUACUUUGACGGUUUGGUAGAACAGGGGAUUGUGCCGCCUCCCAGGAAGGUCUCCUCUUACUUUUACAACAAACCUCUGAAUGACUAUGUUGCUGUGGUUACUGGAGCCUCCAGCGGGAUUGGGGCUGCCAUUUCUGAAGCCCUGGCAGAGGCUGGAGCUCAGGUUGUCAUGGCAGCAAGACGCACAGAUAGACUGGAGCAAAACAGAGUAAAGAUUGAGAAGUCUGGGGGAACAGUUCUAUGCGUGAAGACAGAUGUCACUAACAGGGAGGAGGUGGAAGCCUUGGUCAGUCACACCGAGUUAACAUUUGGUCCGGUCGACAUCUUGGUGAACAACGCUGGUGUGAUGUAUUACACUUACAUGAAGAAUCUCCAUAAAGAUGAGUGGGAGAGAACGAUUGAUGUGAACUGUAAGGGAGUUGUAAAUGGUGUAGGUGCUGUUUUAGACAAGAUGCUAGAACGCGGGAAAGGUCACAUUGUUAAUAUGUCAUCAGAUGCUGGCAGAAAGAGCUUUCCUGGGCUAGCAGUGUACUCAGGUUCCAAGUUCUUUGUGGAGGGAUUUUCUCAGGCCCUGCGUCAGGAGGUGUGUCACAGUGGUAUCCGGGUAACAUGUAUCCAGCCAGGUGAUGUGAACACAGGACUGCCCAAUCUCUCCACGGACAAAGAGGCAGUGGAAGCCUUUGAUGGAAGUGGCAGUUGUAAAAUCCUAGAGCCAACAGACAUUGCUAAGGCUGUCCUGUACGCUGUCACCCAGCCUCCCUACGUGGGCAUCAAUGAAAUACUGGUGGAGCCACGAGAGGCCCCAGCCUAGAGCAGCCGGGAAAAAUGCCCCAUCCUCCCCAUAGCAGAGAACCAGAAUAUGGAGCAACUAUAUUAUUUAGAGGCCUCCCUGUAGAGGGACUGUAUGUUGUAAAAGGCCUUAGCAUAGAACCUUGUUGUAAUGGGUCUGUGUCUAGCAGAACCUCUUUACAUUAUGUCCCAGAUUUAUUUUAUAAAGGCUCCAUCAUAGAGAAACCUCAAGAUGUAGAGGCUCAAGCAUCGAGGAACAUCUUUGUAAAAGGCCCUGAUAAAGAGGGAUCUUGUUAUAUGUAUAAGUACAUGGCCCUCCUGCAGUUUCAAAUGGUCUUGUGUGAACCAUGAAUGAAUCCCUUAUGAUAUAUAUGCUUACAUGACAAGUCUUGGUUUGGUAGUAUUUCAAUAAGUAAUGGUAUAUUGUCAUAGCUGAGGGAAUAAGAAGACUAAAAGCUUGAGCUCUCAGUCUAGCAUUGUAAACCCAUGUGAAAUCCAUGAGAGAAUGGCAUAACAACUCUUGAUCAGCAUACACUGUAGGUGAAAUUGUGAUUUUAAGAAAUGUUAUGUUUAUCACCUGUCAGUUGUCUUAUUUAAAGAUGUACCGGGUACUGUAAUUUGUGACCAUUUCCUGUUUGAUUGCAUUUGCGAUGCAUUUUGGCCAUGUGAUUUAUUAUAGUUACUUUUUUGCCAGCAUGUGUGUAUGAGUCAUUACAGUAUUAUUGCCACAUCUGCAAGUAUACAAUUUACAAUACAAUAUUACAAAAAUAUGUCUUUGAUAGAUAUUUUGUAUUUCCCUUCUUUAUACACUCCAUAUAUCUUGUGAAGUAACUGAUGAAUUUAGUGAUCAUGUGUGCCAAUUAUUCCACAUAUCACAAUGAAGUGCACCUUAUUUUGUACUGCUCUGUGUACCACAUGUAUUAUGGGUUUAAAAUCCUUUCCCAGGCUAUGAAAUAUGGUAGUGACAGGACCCAACUUAGGGAGGAUUAACAGUCUUGUAUUAACAAGAAUGAAAUUUUUCAAAAGUCAUAAGAUCUUUCUUGUUUAUUUAAUGAGCUGUCUGAAUGAAUUUGUCAGCCAAACAUGCAUACGGUUGUGUAGUUUCAUUUGAUGUGAUUUCAUCUUUAUACAAAGUACAUCAACAUUUAGUGCUGUGAGUGAAUUUUGCACCAUGAGGUUGUAAAACACAACAAUAUAUUAUUUGUUUGUACAAGUGAAUUAACAGAUAUUGGGAUGAAGCAUUUUGUGACAUUUCCAUAUGGUUAGUUACUUACUGGAAUAAAGCAAGUAUGACAGAACCUCAUAAUAAAAGCA